AGACCUGCCACCAGCAUCAGAUUUCUGCGUGUGCGUGUGCGCGUGAGAGAGUCCACGGCAGUCACUUUGCAGAGUGACAGUGAGAAAGAGAGAGAGAGAGAGGUCCAGAAAUCGUCGGAGCAGUAAAAAGAAAGAAGAUUCUCACUGUUCUGCCACAUUUCCGUUCACUGCUCGCUCCCAGGACCAGAGUGAAUACUUUUCCCUGAAGAAAGUUGCUGAAGCGAACAUGGACGGGACACGGUUCGGACGCGCGGUGCUGCUGUGCACCUUGCUGAGCGCAUUGUUAGUAUGCAGCGGAGCUGUGACUGUGAAUGUGGUCCCCAAGGUUGAGGUGCUAAAAGGAGACAUGGCCAAAUUGCCAUGCUCAUUUACUGGCGCAUCAUCAGGAAACACCAUCGUGGAAUGGUCCAUUGAGGACCAGGGAACAAGGAAGCGAGUGGGAUUCCGUCCCGAGGGUGGUACAGAAACAAUCGAUGAAGGCACCGUCCUUACGGGCCGUAUCACCAUCGGAAAGGACUUCUCCUUGACCAUUAGUCCCACUCAAGCCUCUGAUGAGCUCACCUUCUACUGCCAGGUUAACGCUGGACCUUCAGGCACUGCAGACGCUGCCACAAUGUUGAAAGUCUUCCAUGCUCCUGAGAAGCCGGAACUUACAGCAUCAAGCCAGGUCAUUUCUGUGGGACAAUCAACCAGCUCUGAGAUUGGCACAUGUGUCGCAAAAAACGGUCAUCCCCAACCCAGGAUUAUCUGGUUCAAAGAUGGACAGCCACUGCCUGAACACAAGGACAAAAAAGAAAAGACCUACAUGGUUCCCUCCGUGGUAAAGGAGGCCUCAGGUCUCUCCACUGCCAAAAGCACCCUGUACAUGCAGCCCACCAAGGCCGACAAGGACUCUGUGUUCCACUGUGUCGUGGAGUACAGCAUGCCAGCAGAUCAGAUUAAACAGAAGAAGUCCGACACCAUCACCAUAAACCUUAACUAUCCGUCUGAGGUAGUUACCUUUUCCCUGGUCAAUAAGGAUCCAGUCAAAGAGGGCGACAGUGUCACAAUGAAGUGUGAGACCGAUGGAAACCCUCAGCCUGAGUUUGACUUCUCCAAAGAUGGAAACAGGAUUCCCGGUGAGGGAGGUCUUCUCAUGCUGAAAUCUGCCAAGCGCUCUGACUCGGGUGUAUACAAAUGCGAAGCCACUGAUUUUGACAACUUGGAUGCUGAACUGCAAGAAACGAUCAACCUUAAAGUCCACUACAUUGACCAUAUGACUGUGACUCCAUCUGAGCCCCAACUUGUGAUGCUCGGAGACAAAGUGGAGUGGCAGUGUAAGACCAAGGCCUCUGAUGCACAUACCGUUCAGUGGAAAAAGGGUGCAGACGUACUCUCUCAGGACGGCACUCUGUCACUGCAAGAUGUUACCUAUGACAAUGCCGGAGAAUACACUUGUGUUGGAGCUGUGCCAGCCGCACCGGGUCUGACUGCCGGCGCAAGUGUGAACCUCACAGUCAAAGGAAAGCCGAUGAUUGCCACUCCCGUUGCUGGGGAGGUGGGGAAGGAAGGAGACACGGUGUCUCUGACAUGCUCGGCCCAGGGCUACCCCACCCCUCAGUUCACCUGGAAGCCUUCUGGAAAAGAGUCUAUAUCAAUGAAGGAAAACAAGGUUGUGAGCACUCUGACUCUUCAAGCCACAGCCGAGGUCAUGAAGAACGGUGUGACCUGCGAGGUCACCAAUGAACAUGGAACUGAUAGCAAGACCUUCCCGGUAUCUCUUAAACGAGCAAUUGACAACUCGGCCAACAGAGCUGACAUGCAGCAGGGAGGCUCCAGCAGUGUGGUUAUCGCGGUGGUGGUGUGUGUUUUGCUACUCCUGCUGCUAGUGGCACUCCUCUACUUCUUGAACAAGAAGAACAAGCUGUCCUGUGGCAAAAAGGACAAGAUGGAAGUGACCAGCGCACAGAAGAACAAUGACAUCGUAGUGGAGAUGAAAACAGACAAAGCCAACGAGGAGGCCGGUCUCCUUAACAAGAGACCGUCCACAGAACAGUGAUGACCUCAGUUGAGGAAUUCGAUCAAAACAAGGAUGAAGGAAAGGGGGACAACAGUGAUCAAGACAACCGGGCUUUGCUUCAUUUUACUGAGGAGGUGUAGCAGGGAAGUGGGACAUGUGUUGGGGUCAUUUGGAGGAACAGCAUGUUAUGAUUUUUUUUUUUUUUUCAAACACGGAGUAGACGGAUGCACACGCAUAUACACAAUCACUUUUAAAAGACCAACUGUUUUCCACUUUUUUUUUUCACUCACUGCUCUACUCCAGGUUUAAAAAAAAAAAAAAAAUCAUAACGUGUCUUAUAAUCACACGUUUGCUUGUCUUUAAUCAAAAUCUGCCAGUACAAAAACUCUUCAUUCUUCACUCACAUCUUUGACUCCACUGCAGAGCUGGACGAGGCGGACACAGUUCAAACCCAGCGGCAAAUUCUCUAUCUACCCCAAACAAAGACAAACAAAUUGCCAUUACGUCGCUGUGAUUUUUAUUGUGCAUUUUGCACUGCUUUAUAUUAAACGUCUACUCUGUACUGGAGUCUGCACUUAAGUGUUUUUCUGCCGGAUUCAGCAGAAAUGUUUGCAGGCCUGUCAUUCCACCUUUUUUUUUUUUUCCCCACUAACCAAUGAUGAUUUAUGCUCACAACAUAUAUUCACUGUUUGGCAUGGUUACAGUCAUUUUGGAAACGCGCUAUUUGCCAAUUUGUUAAAUUGCAGCUGUAAGUAUUUAUGUGCUUGUUUCCCAAUCUCUCUAAUCUGCUGACAGAAGAAACAGCUCUGACGUCAUAAUCUUUUGGCUAAUACUUUUGUAUUGAACAUUAAUGCUAAUAGGUUGCAACAAAUCUGUUCUUGCCAUUUGCAACACACAUGCGUAUCGUUCCACUUGUGGCCAAAAAAAAAUCACUCCCUUUCGAAAUCUUGGCAGAAGUUAUACUAACUCACAGGGUUUUCAGUCACAAUACUAUGAAUUUUUUUCUUCUAUCCAAAGAUCAAAACUUUAAAACAUAGUUGUGCGACAGUUACCGUUAACAUCUAUCUAGACGUAGUGAAUGCAGAUGUAUCUGAUAUAGAGUAAAACUAUUGACUAUAAGUGAUGGACAUCUUCCUUAGGGCGAAGGGACCUUGUAGUUUCCUUAGUCUAAGUGCAGUACUAAUCCUAAACUGGCUGCAAGAAACUCAAAACGUUACUCGUGUGUCUUUUUGGUACAAAUUUAUAAAAAAAAAUUCCUCCUUGUCACUGUCUGCCAGUACAGUUUGAAGUACUUUUCUUAUUAAUAAGAUGUUGGAGGAAGAGAACGGUAAGCUGUCAAUUACAAGAUGGCAGAAUUUGAGGCGGAGAAACCGAGCCAGUCACAGAUGAACACAGUGUAUUAUUUAAAACUGUCUGGUAGCUGCUUAGUUACUGUUGUAUAAUUCUUGUUUUUGGUUCUUGUUUUUUGUUGUUGUUGUUGUUGUUGGUGUUGGUGUUAGAGUUGAUUUCACUUUUCUUUCUUUGUAAAGGGGGGGGGCAAAGAGGAGGGGAGGGCAAGAAUGUUACAAAACGGUGAUCAUACUGAAGGUGUAUUAUUUCUUUGUUUUCACAGAAACCGCCAAUGUUUUUUUUUCUUUUCAAGUUUGAAAUAUGGCAUGGAAGGGAAAUGGGUGGAAAUGGAGUGAUGUGAUGUACCUAAUCUGUUUGGUUUUUUGUUUGUUUGUUUUUUUUUACCAAAAAAGAAUCUUUUUUUCAAGUGUCAUAGAUAGAAUGUUUCUGUGUCCAAGAGACAUUUGCAGGAUGUAUAACUCCGCAGUACUGACUUUCCUGUGUUAUAUGUACAUUGUUAACACACCUGAGAGCUUAAUGGCGGGAUGACGUGGCCUUGAACUUUGUUGUACACUGGAAACAAUGACCUUGAUGCUUGCAAAGGUCACCUUAAACCACUAUCUGUGCCCACAAGGCUCCUUUACUGACCAUCAACUGAUCAUGUCGUUUGACUUUUCUUUUUUUUUUUUUUUCAACCAUUUUUUUAAAGUUAAAUUUUUUAUAUGAACAUAUUGUGAUAUGCAAAUUGGUUGGAUUCUUUUAUUUUGCAACUACUGAUUUUUAGUUUCCCCCCAUGUUUUUCCACAUGCUGUAGUAGAGGAUACAUUUUCAGUUUUCCCAUUUUUUUUUAUAUAUAUAUAAGUGAAUCUCACUUUUAUUUCUUCCCCCUUUUGUACACUGUAUAUUUUGUGGUACACUGUUGUGAUCCCUGUGCUGUGUUGAUGUAUCUUUUCUGUUUCAGCUGUGUCAAAUUUAUAAGAAAGAAAAAAAAA